AACAUUCGAAAGUACCAUACCAAUAAUAAAUAAAUGCAUAUUCAUUUUCUUCAUUACCGGCGAUUUGGCGAACUACUGAGCAACUGAGCAACCGAGCAAGGGCCAAGGGAGAAGUACCAAACUCUUUUUUUCGUCUGCAGCUUGCUCACUACGGACGCGAGUCACGCGAUCACCCUCCACUGAUCGAAUCGAUCGAUUAUCCUUCCUAAAUGGCAUCAGCAGCCUCUGUAGCCUUAAUUUCAUAUUCAGAUUGUUGCCAAGGCUUCCAGCAAUACAAGGGAAGAUUUCCAAUUGCAUAUGAAAGUCCGGGAGCAUUAUUAUUUCCAGCUCCGUCUUUCCUCUCUCUACAUCAGAAAAAUCACAUAGGGUGUCUCAGAGCAACACGACGCCCUUCAGUUGUUUGUGCCAUCCGCCCCAAGACUGGAACAGUAACACAGACAUCAUGGGACAAUCUAGUUACGAAAAAUGAAUCUCCUGUUCUUGUUGAGUUCUACGCGAGUUGGUGUGGGCCCUGUCAGAUGGUUCAUCGAGUGAUCAAUGAAAUAGCCGUGGAAUACAAGGGUAAACUCAAGUGCUUUACACUCAAUACAGACAAUGAUUCAGCAAUGGCAGAGGAAUAUGACAUCAAAGCUGUUCCAGUGGUUCUUCUGUUCAAAAAUGGGAGAAAACACAGUAGCGUCAUCGGUACCAUGCCAAAGGAAUUCUAUGUGGCUGCUAUUGAGAAAAUGUUGGCUUCUUAACUACCUUAGGCUCCGUUUGGUAGGGCGUAAAACGUUUUCAUGGAAAACGAUUUUCCCCUUUUCAAUCAUUUUACGUUGUUUGGUUGGUUAAGUUCCGUGUAUUAUAGGCAAACACUUGUACAUAGGUGUAUCGUAUACAACAUAAUUGUUUCAAAUCAUAUGAAAGUCUACUUCGCAAAGGAGUGAUUUUUAUGUGAUUAAGGGCGAGUAACAGGUGAUUGAGAUUGUUGUUAGGUUGUUACUAUUCACCUGGUGUAUACAAGACCUUUAUGUUGAUACGAGUGUGGAUGUGUGGGACAGUUUUAGUUAAUUUGUUUAUGCCCUAUUGGGCCAAUUUAAGUUUAAUUUGUUUGUGCCA